AUGGAGAGGAUUAGUAUUGAUGAGAUAGCAAGGAAGGCAAGCUUUGUUGUUAGGGAGCGCAGUGCUGCGCAUGGAAUGCAGAUGCCGAAAGAGUUCUCAAGGGUAUGCAGUGUGCAUGGGCAUCGUGCAGUAGUUUAUGGGACCACACUGUUUAUAGAUGAUGUAAAGGCCGAGGAGGAUGUUGUAUACUUGAGCAAGGAUGGGGAAAGAGUAGUUGCUACUAAGAAGAAAGAAGUGAUUGUGUAUGACUUUUUGAAGAGAGAGGAGAUGCGAAUAGAUACUGUGAAAGAGGUCAAGAGGUGUGAGGUGUGGAACGAAUGGAUUGGGAUGCUGACUGAGGAAGGAAUUCUUUAUGUAUACAAAAAUGGGGAGUUUGCCUGUGAGUAUGAUGAUGUCAAAGAUUUUGUUCUUCCGGAUGUAGUUGUUCGUUCUGACAGGAAGCUUAUGGGGCAUGAGGAAGUGCAGAGAGUAUUUAGAGAUCACGAUGGCCAGGUGAUUGUUGUCUGUGUGGACAAGCUUGCGUGUGGAAAGAAUGAGGUUGCGAACGGAAUAUCCACGGGAGAUAUUGAGUAUGACAGAGAAUGGAACGAGUGCCAUUACUACCACUGUGAUUUCCAUGGGGUGAAUAUUGUAUCAUCAAGCAAGUCAUCGAAGAUUCUGCUUCUUGGCACGGAUUUGUGUGAAGUUGACAUGGACGAGGAGAUCAGACUUCUUGGGCUGAGAACUAACGAGAUGCUUGACGUGAAGUAUCUUGCAGGAAUUGAUUAUUCAGCAGGAUGGGUGGACAUGGUUGAUGAGGAUGGUGUUUUGAGUACGUUUGAGGUGGUAGGAAUUGAUUGUGGUAAGAUGGAUGGAUGCACUGUGCCUGCGGAUGGAGUGCAUGCGAUGGAAAAGUUUGUAGAAAGAAAAUACAAGCUUUGUAAAGAGACAGGGAUGCAAAAAGCAGAUGCAAGUGAUGCUAUUAUCAGUGGGAGUUUGGCUAAUAACGGGGUGAAUAGUGCUUGUAUGGAGGCUGAUGCUGGGAACGAUGGGAUGAUUUCAAUAAGUGAUAUGAUGAGUGCAGUUUGUGAUAUUAAAGAUACGGUGCAGGAACAUGGAGCUUUCACAGGUGAUAAUGCAGUGGAAGUAAACAUGAAGGUGAAAUCUGAGAGCAAGAAUGAGUGCCAGACAAAGUCUACUGGGGAUUCAAAAAUAGAUCGCUUGCUUGAGAGUUUAUCUGCACAGGUGGAUAUGGUUAUUGAAGAUUUUAGGAAUAUAUGUGUUGAGAAGAGGAUAUUUAAGAUGUACAAGUACAAUGCAAACGAUCUGUCGCUGUUUACGGAACAGGUCUAUAAGAACAUUAUGAGAUUGGAGGAGUACAAGUCUAUGCAGCAACAGAUAUCGGAGAAGCUCUCACAAAUGCAAGGCAGUCUUGAGGUUUACGAGGGGAUGGAUGAGGAGAACAUAAAAAGUGCAGUGAAGUACAUUGACAGUGUGAUAGACUCGAUGGGUGCCAGAGAAGGAAGGAAGAUCGUUCACUAUGCAAAGCCACUGCUGCACACAAUAAGUAAUGCAAAGGCAAUGCGACUUGAGUUAGAUGUUAAUGCAAUAAAGAUCGGAAAAGGAUUGAACGAUGUUGAAUAUGCAGAAUCAAGAAUGCAAGAAAUGCCAAUGAGCAUAUCUGUCAAUAGGCAGAUUGAUGCAGAGCAGAGCAUGAAGUACACUGCUCACCAGAAUGCAUCUGAGCCAGCUCACAUGCCGAAGGAAUGUAUAAACACUGUAGAUGAAGCCAAGCCAGAUACACAAGCCAAUUGCUUGAAUCAAAGGCUAAAAGAAGAUGGGAAUGCUCAUGGACAAGCUGAUGCAGCCAACCAAGGAUUGAAGAAUGGCAUUUCAACAGCAUAUGAACCGCCUGGAAUGCAGAAACCACUUGCGAAUGCUAUGAUACACCAGCAUACAAACAUAUUUGGCCAACCAGUAUCACAGCAGCAAGAAACCGUGCAGUUUGGAAUGAUUGGGAACGCAAUGCCGUCUAGUAUCUUUGAGUCGUUAGCAAGCAAUGCAACUUCGAUUCCAGUAUCAUCGAUCAAGAAUGAAGAAGAGCCCAAUGAAGAUGUUCCGAAUGCGUUUCUGAGGUUUGCAAAUACUAGAAACUUAUUCUAA